AUGGCCAAACCGAAAAAGAUAAAUCUUUCCAAGUAUGAGAUGGUAAUAGGUGCUAUGUUUGAAGGUGGAGAAACAACAAAUUCUUGCAUAAUAAAUGGACACUGCACACUUGUGGUGGUUAAGCAAAAAAGUCAUGAAAUAAUAUAUCUUAAUUCUACUGGUGAAAGUAAAGAGACAAUGGUGACAAUUCAGUGGAAUUGGAAUAAUUAUGCAAGUAAGAAGGGUGAAGUCAGUACUUAUACUAUAUUGAAAGUGGAUCAUACAAUGCAUGAUGAUGCUGUACCAUGUGGUGUGUUAGUCAUCAAGUUUGCAAAGCAGUUUGCUAAUGGACAGUCUACAAAAUUAAUGUAUGACAUGGACAAUAUAGUUCAUUUUAGAGAAGAUAUAUCACGUUGUAUUGUAGAAGCAGCUUCAGAAGAAUCUAAGAUGCACAUGUCAAAGAGAGCUUCCGUGCAUACUCCGUCCCUAGAACUUAAGAAGACAGAUUUCCUUUUACCUAUUAAGAAAUCUGCUGAAGGUAAUUUUAUUUCCCCUAGCAAAGUAUCAUUAGUUAUUGCAUUCCAUCACAAAUCUGCUGCUUAUAGUAGUAGAGUAUCCAUGCUUAUGUAA